AUGACAAUCGAGCAGGUGCUACAAGAGUUGAACAAAUCUAAAAGGUGGGCAGGGCUGCAUGUAGCUGAUAGUUCUUGUUUCCAUUAUCGCAGACGGCUGAUGCUCAGGGUUUUGGAGCCACUUAAGGUGAAAGGAAGCAAUGCUAAUGAUAAAUUUGAUGCACAUAAAACCUUGAUGGAAGAGCUUGAUUGGAACAAAGGGUUGUUAAAACGUUACUUGGGACGAGAGUUAUCUGAAACCGGAGAGAGUAUCUUCACGAAUGAAGAAACUGGCAUCUUCAUUGGUAAUGAGAUCCAUCUUCUAGAAUCUUCUAUGACCGUUCUUGAUAACAAGUUUGAAGAUUUCCGAGCUCAAGCACUGCAUGCUUCUGUCUACAUGCUUUGGCUGACAAAGCAUAUUCCAGAAGUGUGGAGCAUGCUUGAAGAGAAGCUUGGAACAGAGAAACUCAAAUGUGUACUGAGCACAGUUGAUCAAGAGAGACCCCUCCUUGCUUUUGCACCAAAUUGA